GCUCCGUCUGACGCAGCAUGACGCGAUCUUGGUCCACAAGUCUCUCAAAGUCGUUGUGGAGCGCGGGCUCCAGGUGAAGCUGCCCCAGGAUGAGUUCCAGUGCUACCGGGACAGCAAGUUGUGGCUUCAGAUGCCCGCCAACUACGUUAGGGAAUGGUUCUUUGCACGGCAUCCAUCAGCAGUGAUUGGAAGCAUUUGGUCCAACAUCUCGACUGUGAACAAAGAGCUUGGCCGUGAGGGUAUGCCCUUCACUCUGGACUUCUAA